AUGUCAACACAUUUGCAAGAUGGAUUUGAAGAACGUGAACCAUUGUUCUUAUACCCUGAUGAUAAUUUAUUCCCAUAUGAAUCAUACCAAGGCGAAUUGUAUCUGAAUGAAUCAAAUCAAAAUGAAUUGUUUCCUAAUGAAUU